AAGGUCUGGUCCCACUGGCCGACGGACACAAAACGUAUUCAUAACGGGUACAGUGGACAAGCAAAAUUUCGGGUUGGCUCCAUCGGUUUUCAUCCGCUCCCAGACAAUGGACAAAAUGGGCGAACAAUGAAAUCAGAGUGGACGGAUGCUCGAUGGAUAUAGAGCGUAAAGAGUACACAACGGAUACAUAACGUUUCCCAACGGAUGGCAAUAUUCUUGUCCGUUUUACAUCCUCUCUGCAUCCAGAAGGUGUGGACCCUAGCAAUCGGAGAUUUUGGUGUCAACCUUGAGUAUCUGGACGAGGCGUCUUAUCAGAUCAAAGGAUACAACAUUGAUGUGGUCGAAGCAGUCUGUCGGCUCGCUAAUAAGACUUGCGUUCUAAUGAAGGACGUCAACCAACGGUGUUGGGAUUCGGAACCAGGCCAGCAGGCACGGGGAGGAGAGGGAUUGCUGUCCGGUUGGUACGAUGCGUGCACAGGUUGGGUUAAAACCUACCCGAGAAGUUUAACUUUUGACUUCACCCGAGCCUUUGUGAAAAGAAAGGACGUAGCCCUCUACGCUCCGAGAUCAUCGACCAUCAACUUUCGUAAUCUAACUGGACUCAACGUCGGCUUCAUCGACGGAUGGGCCUCGGAUGAACAUUGCUUAGCUAGAUAUGAGGCUGAAAACAUUUUGGUAAUUACACUUUAAUACAUUUCUCUUCCA